AUGCGCGCGCCGACGCGCGCGCCGCCGACGACGACGCCGACGACGACGUGCGCGACGCGCGACGCGGCGACGGCGGAACCGCCGCGAUUGAAGAUUCUCAGCCUGCACGGCUUUCGAACGUCGCGCGAAAUCUUCGACGCGCAGGCGCGCGUCGCGCGCUGGCGCGAAGACUACGAAGACGUCGCGCGAUUUCACGCCAUCGACGCGCCGCACGAGGGCGCGGGCGCGGCGACGGCGGAGGUGAGGGCGUUCUUCGGGGAGGACGCGCGCUCGCGAGAGUGGUGGAACGCGACGACGGGACGCGACGGAAAGACGACGUAUCGAGGGAUCGAGGCGUCGCUGCGGGAGAUCGAGCGGGCGUGCGAGGAGGAUGGACCGUAUGAUGGCGUGCUGGGGUUCAGUCAGGGGGCGACGCUGGCGGCGAUCGCGCUGGCGACGCCGGAAUUGGCGGAGCGGUUCGCGUUCGGGAUUUUGGUGUCGGGAAUGCGGGCGCGCGCGGAGGAGACGAAGGGGUGUGAUUACGGUGCGAUAGCGGUGCCGACGCUGCACGUGGUCGGGUUGAAGGAUGAUGUGAUGCCGAAAGCGAUGAGCGCGGGGCUGUACGACGCGAUGACGUCGUCGGAGAGAACGCGAGAGACGCACGACGGCGGGCAUCGCCUGCCGAGAGUCAACGUCGACGGGACGCCGAUUUUGCGCGAUUUCUUAGCCGCGAGAUUAGCGGCGCGCGAGAACUCGAAACUGUGA